AUGUCGAGCAGCCAGUCACUUGGAAUAAAAGUAAUAUCAACAACACACUCGAAUGAUUCGUCCUUAGUCGGCACCUUCCCGUCAAUUCGUUUAUUAACGCCUUUGAUCUCGUCAAUGUUGCAAGGAAAAGCGUACGGUACGAUAGUACAAUGCAUCAUCAAUCAAGGAGUGCCACCGCAAAGACUCAGUCGAUCUUGCGGCUCUGGGCAGGCAGAUCUACCAUAUGAAGUGACGACAUCUGGAGACCCGUCGGAACGAGCCGAGACGAAGGCCUCUGGGGAAAUAAGUAAAGCCCUCGGAUCGGCGCAGCACUGA